CCCCCAUCGGUCGCCACGGUGAAUCGUUCCUGUCGCCGUGUCAAAUUGCUGUUUUUAUUACACGGUGGAAUUGCCAUCACGCUGCUGGUUAGUUUUAUACGUUGGUUGAAUUGCCGGAGCUCAACAGCCAUGGUCAAUUUUUUUUUCUCGGAUUUAGCUACGCGGCGAGCUCGCUUACUCUUCGCGGCGACUGCGCGAUUGGGUCACCGGCGUGCGCUAAUCACUCUGCCUAUGUGGACGCACACCAUUCGGCGUUCACAUCAGCGCUAAUCUUUUCCACCGAAUUGAUUAGCUUUUCUUGACAUGUCCGCCGCAAGAAAAAGGCGAAAUUUAGUGCGGAGACGGAGCCUCCACGGAAUCGUGCUCUGUUUUUGCCCAUGGAUUCCUCUUCCUCGCGCUGAGCUGAGCGGCGAGGGCUCCCCCGCGGCCUCGGAUGAGCGCGGCCUCGCCGGCGGCGGCGCGGCGGCGAUGGACCUCCCGUGGCUGGAUCUGCCCUUCACCUUCCUCACGCUGCUCCUCGCCACGCGCCUCGCCUACGACUACUACGGCGACGUCGCCGCGGCCUUCGCCGGCGGCUUCUCCAUCCAGGUCUUCCUCUUCUACUGCUUCGCGCGCUGGUACCGCCACGCCAUCGAGGGGCGCGCCGCCGCGGGGGGGCGCGACGACCUGUCGCCGUUGAACCGGCACCAGCAGCAGCAGCAGGGGGGCGCGGGCGCGGACGCGGAGGCCCCGCCCGUCCUGACCCCGCUGUUGGGCGCGCCCGGCGGCGUGCGCGCGUCGGCGCUGGCCAGCUGGUGCUUCGCCGUGGUCUUCAUGGUGUUCGUGCCGCUGGUCAUCGUCGUCUUCGAGCGCAGCCAGGCGGACGUCGUCGCCUACGCGCUCUGCCUCGCCAACAUCAUCGUCAUGGUCGUCUGGCUCUCGCCGGACUCCGGGCCCGCCGCCGCCAAGUCGCUCCUGCGCCUCAGCGACGACGAGGACGACAGCAGCACGGGCAGCGCCGGCGCCGGCGACAAGUGCUGCGUCUGCCUCGCCGGCAUGCGGGAGGACCAGGCGCUCCGGGAGCUGCCGCGCUGCGGCCACGGCUUCCACGACAAGUGCAUCGGCAAGUGGCUCAAGGCGCACCCGACCUGCCCGGUCUGCCGGGCCACGGCCGUGCCGCCGCCGCAGGACGGCGGCGCCCCGCUCGACGACGACAUUAGCCCCGUCUAGCGCUCUAGCUUCCGUUCCCCGUGAUUGAUUGGUGCGUCUCAUCUGACAAAUUCGUGGUGAUUUGUUGGAAAAUCUGCUGGACCUGUGUAUAGUUAUUAUCGAAAUCGCUGUCAGGCAUCGAUUGGAAUUGACGAAUUGUUAGCAGUGCAGUGAUGUGUAAAUACACUCGUGUUUGUGCACUUUGGAUUUGGAGAAAGGAAAAAAAAGAAGGAAAGCCUUGUUCGCUUGAUCGCUUCA